GUCCUCUGCUGGUGUGAGUGUUACCAAACCAAUACACUCAAUGCUCAAACAUCGGUUGAAUCUAACAGCAGUGAAUUAACAGAUUAGAACAGCUGCUAGUUGAUACUGUGUGGCCGUAAGCCUCUGUAGGAUGGGCAGCGCGCGGAACAUCAUGGGCUAUGCCGUGAUAGUCGCAGCCCUGGGGUUCGGUUUAGGAACGUGGAUCGCACUGUAUCCUACUGAAGAGAGACGGCAACGGAUCAUGCAGAAUCUGCCUGAAUCGAACCCGGUGAGAAUGGAAGAGACGAGGAAGAGGAGUGCUCUGUUGAUGCAGGCACUCAAGGACGCUGCUGAAACCAACGACAAUAUUGUAAGAGGAAUUGGUGGAAGUAAAUAAAAAUAGACAGGCACAGCUCUGUGAGCUGUUUGCAGAGGCUGGCAUGCAGGGUUACCUUGCACUCAAAAAAGAUGGACAUUGUAUUAUUUACAGGGAGGUUGUUGUUUCAGCUGUAAUAUCAUCAUUAUAUGUGGAAACAAAUUCUCCUAACACAACCACAUCUUUUCAGUCUUAUUAAAAGCUGAGGGGAUGACCGAAACUGGUUUUCAUCAGGUUCAACCAAUCAACAAAUUGAUUCCAGUAACAAAUCUGUCAGUCCAAAGUCUAAUAUGUCCAUUGUUUAACUUUUCAAACACAAGAAGAUGGGUGACACUGGGGGCAGCUGUGGCUCAGGAGGUGGAGCAGCCCUGGAGAGCAACAGUCAACUCCAAAUUGCUCUUUGUGUGGUAUUUCUGUGUGACUGGUUGAAUAAGAUUUCAAUUGUGUUAUAUGAAUAAAUAAAUCCAGUCACCACUUAC